AUGAGUGUGUUGUCGUACAAAAUAUACUCUCUAUUGAUGUUCUCUAUUGGGUUCAUAACUGCCUCUGUUAUUCAUCUUCAUAUGUUUUCACCUCCUGCAAAGAAACACGAAGACACCAGAAUGAGAGCAGAACAGUUCGUGCCAGAUAAGAGAUCCGCUAAAGAGUGUGAAUCAACUGUUGGUGCAGAAUGGAUAAAAUACACAACCCAUCCUAAUGUACCCACAUUAAGUGAUGCCAAACUGUUGAUGGAUAUGAAUCGUUAUCGUGCAAAGUGUAACUGUCCUACGCCACCGUUUUGGUAUAAAGCAGCCAAUGAACGCCGUCUCAAGGAAUCUAUAUUAUGGAAAAAUGAAAUGGAUACAAAGAGAGCUCCACUAGCAAUUUGUAAGGCAUUUUCUCCUUUCAUUUACGUCAGUUCUGGUAUCACAGUUGAACCAUUCAACACAGUACCGAUUGUUGGAUUGUCCCUCUCCCCUGCAGUAGAACACAUUUUAAAACAAUCGAACAUGUCUCAACAAGUUAUUCUGUAUAUCUCUGCUGUAAAUAAUUACGGUAUAUUUACAAUGUCUGAUGGCCCUCAAUAUGAUGGUAUUAUUGAUGGUAGUAAAACCUCUUCUCUUAAGAUUAAUGUACUCGGUAAAGACGUAAAUGAAAUCAACAAUCUCUUGAGUAAAGUCAUUUAUACUGGUACUGUAUAUCAUAUUGAUGCUUAUGACAAGAUUCAAGUUUCAUUUCUCAAUUUCACAAUCGAUAUUAAUCUUCACAUCAAACGCCCACCAUUACCAGAUCUCAUUGAUCCAGGAGCAUCUGGAAGCGUCAUUGAGAAGCUCACUGUUAUUACCAAGACUUUUGAACGCCCGGAUGUUGUGAAACGAUUUGUGGAUAAAGUUCAUCAUUUCUACCCUAAUAUGACUAUCAUUGUUGCGGAUGAUUCACAACAACCAAUACCAAUAAAGAAAGAUCAUGUCAAAUAUUAUACAAUGUCAUUUAGAGACGGCAGUUACCCGGGAAUUAAUCUUGCAUUGUCACAAGUGGAGACAAAAUAUGUACUUUAUGCAGACGAUGAUUAUGUGUUCACAAACGAGACAAGACUGGAAUUGAUGCUUGAAAAACUUGAAAAUCCACUUUCUAAUAUCGAUAUAGUAAUCCCUCACGUCAUUGGUCUACCUCUUUUAGGGGCCAUGUGGAAAUUUGCAUAUAAUGAGAGUGGGACCUGCUUUGUCGAUUACUGGCACGUAGGAAAAGACAAAUUGGUGGUUCCAGGAUACCCACAAUGUCGUUAUGGGGACAUGUUCGAGAAUUUUGUGAUGGGCAAGACAGUUUUAUUUCGAAAAAUCGGUUACUAUCCUUCUAUAAGGCCUUGCACGCAUGCUGAAUUCUGGGCUAAUGCCAUUGGAAAAGCCCGCUCUGCAAAAUGUGUUGACGUCAUUGUAUCACAUGACCACGUUCGUAAUCCUGUGUACAACAAAUUUCGGAAUGAAGCAUAUCAAAUUGAGAAAAAACAAGACCCUGCCCCAUUAUUUGAAAAUGAUCUGUGUUAUUCAAAAUUUUAUGAUUUCAAUUUUAAGAAAGAAGAUAUACUAGCACGUUAA